GUGCAUCCGGGCCGGUAUAACUUCUUUGAACUCCUCCAUCAUCGUUUCAUUACGCAGUAGUAGACUGCUGGUCCUACUGUAAUGCCUGAGGUCUUCAGCAUUUCUCAAAACCCAAUCACUGCGCAUGCAUUCAAUGCUGAUCGUUCUCAGCUUGCUGUGAGCUUAAACUCCAACGACGCUCAGAUACUUAUUCGCAGUGGCUCCGAAUGGGUCCCUACUGAGAUGCUUACUGAGCACGACAAAGUCAUCACUUCCAUCGACUGGGCACCAAAUUCCAACCAAAUCGUCACAGCAUCGCAAGACAGGAACGCGUAUGUUUGGCAACAAACCCCAGAUCCAGAGACGGGAAAGAUUGUUUGGAAACCAACCUUGGUUCUCCUAAGGAUCAACAGAGCAGCAACUCACGUCCGAUGGAGUCCAAAGGAAGACAAAUUUGCUGUAGCUAGUGGCGCUCGCGCUAUCGCGAUCUGUUCUUUUGAUCCUGAAAACAAUUGGUGGGUAUCCAAGCUACUCAAGAAGCCUAUCAGAUCUACCGUUCUUGCUGUGGACUGGCAUCCAAACAAUGUACUGUUGGCAGCUGGAAGUGCAGACAUGAAAGCCCGCGUGUUUUCCGCGUAUAUCAAAGAAAUCGACGAAAGACCUGCUGCGACUGUGUGGGGAUCCAAACUUCCUUUCAACACUAUUUGUGGAGAGUUUACCAGUGCUGCUGGUGGAUGGGUUCAUAGUGUCGGAUUCUCUCCUUCCGGAGAUGUCCUUGCUUUUGCUAGUCACGACAGCUCUAUUAGCAUAGCUUAUCCAGGGGGCCCUGUUUACAAUAUCCGCAUGCCGACUCUGCCUUUGGUCACCUUGACUUGGACCUCAGAAGACAAUAUCAUCGCCGCUGGUCACGACUGCCAGCCCAUAGUCUUCAGCGGAUCCGACGUUGGGUGGCAGGAAAUUGGGACGCUUGAUAAUGGCAGCUACGCCGCUGGGUCCAAAGCAGGAGCAGGUUCUAUCGGUCGUCUUAAAGCUGGCGCUUUCGCAACCUUCCGCGAUGCCGACAGCCGUGGUCAAACGAGCAAUGGCACGACUGAUACGAAGCUCAUUACAAUCCAUCAGAACACGAUCACCAGCGUUCGUCCGUACGCAGGCGUACCUGGACAGAUCACCCAGGUGAGCACGACUGGCGUAGAUGGUAAGUUAGUCAUCUGGGACACUGCUUCGGUCAGUGCGUUGACCGGCAGAAUGGCUGCGAUGAGUAUGUAGAAACCUCGAUUAUGUAGAAACCUAUUGAUACACUGCACUGUACAUCGUUAAAACAG